UUGAACUCCAUUGGAACGGUUAAAAAACACCACCUUUUACCAGCGCAGUUUACUUUUUGUAAACUCGCACCUGAUUGGCCUGGUGAAAUACAACGCCGCUUGUGAUUGGCUGAGAGUGUCCUGUUGACCGAAGGUGGACUCCCAGAGAGUCGGGAACGCUGGAAGCUAAAAUUUUCAGCUUCAGAACUGCACCAUGCGCCUCCCCUCAGUGGGUUUGGAAUAAUCACCGGGAAGCCGUUUGUACUCGGAACUAUAUUAAAUUAUGACAACGCCUGACCAUCUUGAAGCUACCACGCUAUGAUCUUACUUUGUUUUCUCGCAUUUAUGGACAACCUCCGCCGCUCUUGCCCGCCUAUAAUGACGCUUCGCAACUAACGUUACACAGAACAGAUGGAUUAAGAAGUCAAGCAAGAAUGGAGGUGUAAAUUGCACAGAGUGGAACAUAUUUUUUUGCAUUCUGCUGGAGCUACCUUUUCGAUAUGGCCGUUCACGGAUAACAGGAUUAUAAGUGAAGUUGAAUGAUGGCAUCACGUUGGGUUCAUUCUUGUGAAGAUGAUGAGAGACAACAAGCAAGAUCUUCUUUCUGUGAGAGUGAAUCACCAGAGUGGAGAAGCUUGGCUGAUUCUCCUGCAGCGCAAUACCCAACAGAAGAGGAGCCUUUCUCAUGGCCGAGACCCAAAACCGUGCGUUUGCGGCGCACUUCCCAAGGGUUUGGCUUCACCCUGCGUCACUUCAUCGUGUACCCACCGGAGUCGACCAUGCACUGCUUCCCGGAGGAAGAUCAUGGCCGCAGAGGUAAGCAGAAACACUCGGCUGUUCCUCUUCAUGCCUGCCCUUCAGCACUGCUGAGGAGACAACGGAAUAGGCUAGAACCAAUGGACACCAUUUUCGUGAAGCAAGUCAAGGAAGGUGGCCCCGGUCACGGAGCUGGGCUUUGCACAGGUGAUCGAAUAGUGAAGGUGAAUGGCGCAAGCAUCAUCGGGAAAGCCUAUUGUGAGGUUAUAUCCCUGAUCCAAGACAGUGGUGAAUUUCUUGAACUUUGUGUGAUGCCAAAAGAUGAGGAUAUACUGCAACUGGCCUACUCCCAGGAUGCCUACGUCCGUGGCCGCAGCAGCUACAGUGGAAAUGCUUGUCACAUUCCUGAUCCACCCCCAGUAUGCUACCCCAGAGUAGACUGUAAGCCUACGGGCAUGGCCCAGGCGAAAGACUCAGCAGGGCCGGUCUGCCGAGGGCCAACAGCACCUCCUGACCAUGGAUACCGCAAGGAGAUCACCGUGCCCCCAUCUCCUCCUCCUCAGUCAUAUCCAAAAAGCCAGAUCGCAGUGUGCAUGCGCAACGACAGUGUGAGGACUGUGGUGAUUCCUCCUGAUGCACCCCAAAUAGGUCGCAUGGUUCCAGCACAUAGAAUAGAUUACAUGGACCCUGUCUAUGUCAGGGGGAGGCCUGGGUCACUGGCCCAGUAUCCUCACCCUCGAAAGGCCGAUGUCUAUCCCAGUGGUCCAGGAAUGGGUCCAUAUGGAGGUCAGUUACCUCACUACCCAGGCAACAAUCAAAACAUUGAUUGGCGCACUUACCAAACGUACAGGGAGUACAUUGACAACAAAGGAAUCCAUUCCCAUAGUAGCCGGACUAUACAGGAGAGACUGGACAAUUUGCGAGCAUCCAGUCAGACCACCUUUGGCGCUACUCAUCACAUUCCCCGUGGUGACUGGGGCCCUAAGGGGAUACGACGGAGGAGUACCUCACAUGAACGGUCAUACCAAGGACCUCCCCCCCACUUUCAGAUUGCCCCACGCAGUGCUUCGCAGGACCGUAUGAGCGGUGCAGAGAGAAUGGGCCAUACUAGGAACUGGCCUCCUCGAAGCAUGUCCCAGGAUGGCCUAAUGCACAAAGCCCGGGCACACUCCACAGACUAUGUUGACCCUGUAGAGCUGGCUCGGCCCAAUGAAAGAAGAGGAGGGUACGGAAGGGCAGACCAAGGUACGAGGCCCAGCAGACAGUCUGUCCCCAGACACGCCAUGCUCUACAGGCCUUCUGCUGGAUACAGCGGUGGCAUGAGGGGUGCACCAAACCCUUCUUUCUACUCUAAAGGACCAGAUUCUCUUCAGACUCGCUCCUCACCCAUGCUCUCAGACAGACACUCACAUUUUGGUAAGGGCACAAGUGCUGAACAUUCUAUUGUUGACCAAAGAGUUGCAGUCAAAGGAAACCAUGCAUUACACACUACCCAACAAGGCCAGAGCAGGAUCUGGGCUGAAACCAUACAGGGUGUUGAGGCAGACAGAGACGCAGCAUUGGUAGGAAACAGGUCUUCUUCAUGCACCACCCCAAAACAGAUGCUUCAGAGGCCAAGCAUCCUCAAACCACCCCAACCAGACUACCAGAGUCAGGUCAAUGGCCGAAGCCCCACAGAGACUGGGGUCAUUCUAAGGGAGAAACCCCCCUCUGGUAAGAACCCCAGCCCUCUGCGGCACCCCUCCUACAUCCUGGCUGUAAAUGACGACGGACCAGAUUCUACAGCAGAUGUGGCGGCAUGCUGGCUUCCAAAUGAUGCACGUCGAGAGAUGCACAUACGCCGCCUUGGGGAACAAUGUCACACCUCCUGCUCCAGCAACCUGGAUGAGUCUCUGGACUCCAUUCCAUUCAUCGAUGAGCCAAUCAGCCCCAGUGUCGACCAGGAGGCCGCUCCUAUUCCACCCUCCGCUGUGAUAUCUGUUGCACCAGCUAUAACUACAGGUCCCCCCAGUCCGGGUUCACCAUGCCCUCCCAUUCGUCGUCAGCUGUCACAUGACCAAGAGUCCCUGAGAAGUGCUUUGCUGGAGUCUGAUUCAGCCAGCAAAACAGAGCGGUCCAAAUCCUACGAUGAAGGUCUGGAUAACUACCAGGAGGAGGGUAGAAGGAGAUCUUCUAGUAAGAAUAUGCCCAGUCUCAGGGGCCUGAGGAAGGCUUUGGACGGACAUAAAUCCUCUGGGGAUUCUGGAUCUCGAAGAGAUUCUUCUUCGGAUAUCUUUGCCGAUUCUUCCAAAGAAGGGUUGCUCAAUUUUAGGCAAUUUAGUACAGAUAAAAAUAAGCGUGUUGGUGGAGGAAUGAGAUCAUGGAAGCCUAUGUAUGCUGUUUUACAAGGUCACACCCUAACCCUCUACAAAGACAGGAAGGAUGCGCUGUCUAAUGCUUCCACGCCAUCUGACGAGGUCCCACUGCAAAUCAGCAUUAAGGCCUGUCUGAUUGACAUCUCCUAUAGUGACACAAGACGCAAGAAUGUGCUGCGACUCACCACCUCAGACUGCGAGUAUUUGUUCCAGGCAGAAGGGAGGGAUGACAUGUUGUCUUGGAUCAGAGUCAUUCAGGAAAACAGCAACCCAGAUGAAGAGAAUGCUGCUGUAACAAGUCAGGACUUGAUCAGUCGAAAGAUCAAAGAAUACAACAUGAUGAGUACGCCCAGCAGCAGGUCUGAACCCUCCCCUAAAACCUCACGCCAAUCCCUCAGUAUCAAACAAGCCUUCCUGGGAGGUAAAACAGACGGCAAGACCCACAGCCCUCAUUCGCCCAAAACAGGAGAGGAUCGGAGGGCGCUGAGAGAUGACUCCAGUCCACCAAGGGACAGAGCUGCUUGGAAAAUUGGCAUUGCAGGGAUUAUGAGGAAGCCCUUUGAAAAAAAGACUCCAGCUGGGGUCACGUUCGGGGUGCGGCUUGAUGACUGUCCAGCUGCACAGACUAACAGGUUUGUUCCUUUGAUCGUGGAGGUGUGCUGUAAUGUGGUGGAGGAGAGAGGUCUGGAGUACACAGGAAUCUACAGAGUGCCUGGGAACAAUGCUGCCAUCUCCAGCAUGCAGGAGGAGCUCAACAGCAAAGGCAUGACUGACAUCGACGUCCAGGAAGACAAAUGGCGGGACCUCAACGUCAUCAGUAGUUUACUUAAGUCUUUUUUCCGAAAACUUCCAGAACCUCUGUUUACGAAUGAAAAGUAUGCUGAUUUUAUUGAAGCCAACAGAACGGAAGACUCAGUGGAGAGAUUAAAGGAGCUCAAGAGGCUGAUACAAGAAUUACCUGAUCAUCACUUUGAAACUCUAAAAUUCCUUUGUGCUCAUCUCAAGAAGGUUUCUGACAACUGUGAAAAGAACAAGAUGGAGCCUCGUAACCUGGCAAUUGUGUUUGGUCCUACGCUGGUCAGAACCUCUGAGGACAACAUGACCAACAUGGUUAAUCACAUGCCGGACCAGUGCAAGAUAGUUGAGAACCUUAUCCAGCAAUAUGACUGGUUCUUCACUGAUGACGGUGACGAGGACCCUGUUACCACAGCUGAGCAGGAAAGCACAGUGCAGUCUCAGCCUGUGCCCAAUAUCGACCACCUGCUCUCCAACAUUGGACGGACUGCAGCUUCACCGGGCGAAGUUUCAGAUUCAGCAUGUAGUGACUCCUCCAAAUCAAAGGGCUUGUGGGGGUCAGGGAAGGAUCAGUGUAGCAAAGAGAUGCUGCGCUCCUCCUUCUUCGCCAGCCGCAAACGUAAGAAGCCCAAGGACAAAGCUCAUCCCAGCAGUUCAGACGACGACCUGGACGCUGUGUUCCCCAAGAAGGAGCUCCCGGAGGAGAGCCAGCAGCAGCCUCUGUGGUCCCCAGACAGCCGGACCGAGGAGGAGGGGGAGACGGAUGAAACCAGUGAGAAAGACGAGAACAGGAACAGCUCUGAGGAACAUCUUGACAAAACAAACAGGAAGGAGAAUCUCUCCAGCAGCCUGACGAAGCCCUUUACCCCCCUGCCUCCAGAACACAUUUCCUCCACCCUUCAAAGUGGCUCUCCGUACGCCUCACCCCCCCAUUCCCCCAACCUCAGCUACCGCAUGCAGAUGGCUCACCAGUCCUCUCUGUCAGACCCGCCUUCCAACUACGACGACACAGUGUCCGACCUCGGUACGAUGAACAGCACCAGCUCCCAGGCGUCGGUGCCCAGAGUGAGGCGAAGCAGGACUGUGGCUCUGGGUCCAGAAGCUGGCCCCAGCGGGUUGGGAGCGGAGGUUUGCUCCAUCACCUCUGAUUACUCCACCACCUCCUCCAUGACGUUCCUGACUGGAGUAGAGCUCAGCACCCUCAGUCCUGAAGUGCAGUCUGUGGCGGAGAGCAGGGGUGGAGACGAUGCAGACGACGAGAGAAGUGAGCUCAUCAGCGAGGGAAGGCCGAUGGAGACGGACAGUGAGAGCGACCUGUCAGUGUUUACAGUCGGAAAAACUGAUCACCGCGAACUGCAGGAAGCUCCUCGACCCCUCCCCUCCCACAGACUCAUCGAAUGUGAUACACUCUCCAGAAAGAAAGCUGCUCAACAGAAAACUGUCAGCGAGUCUUCACUGGAUGGAGCUUGGAGCGAUAAAGAUUCCAACAGAUUGUCGUGUGUGAUGGGGUCAGUCAAAGGCCGCUCCACAGGCAGCCUCAGCUCCUCGUCUCGGAGCGAAUUAGAUAAGGCAGAGCCAGCGUGGAAGCUGAAGAUCACUGACAGACUGAAGGUGCGUCUACGAAUGUCUGUGGAUGACAUGUUUGGCGUGGGCAGCCAGAGGAGCCGGUCCCCGGAGGGCCGCAGUAAGAAGAAGAAGAACAUCAGACGCAGACACACCAUGGGCGGUCAGAGGGACUUUGCAGAGCUGUCUGUUUUGGGAGACUGGUCGCAGCAUGUUGGCAUCGGUUCAGGCUCUCGGUCGGAGCUGUCAGCUGUGGACCAGCUGAAGCCUAAGUGCAGCUCUCAGGACUUUUCAAUUAGGGACUGGAUUGCCCGCGAGCGCCACCGCACAAGCAAUCCAGAGGUCAGCGUGGACCUCUCUGAACAGCAGGGGGGGCUGUGCAGCGCAAUGUCCCAGAACCUCGGAGCCUCGUCCUCUUCUGAACUCCCACAUCGUCCAGCUGAAGUGUUCAACGGGGAUGUUCCCCAGAGUAAGAAUCUGAGCCUUUCGGCCACCGCUCACCCACAUAAACUCACUAAUUCCCAGGUGGUCCAUUCGCGCUUCUAUCAGUACCUGUAAGAAGUGUUGGACGUGUUUGACUGUGUAUGUUCUCCGUCUGUGAGAUGUGUACGUACUUGGGAGUCUGUCAGUAUAAUGUCUGUUGUGUGACCAAUGUUAGUGAAUGAGCAUGUUGUACAAAAUUGUUUGGAGUGUGUGUCUGUAACUGGUGUGCUUGCUUGUGAAAAGAGAAUUACUGCACACGGGGAUCGUUGAUCCUGCUCAUGUAUAAGGCAUGAAACAAAAAUGGUGUUUAUACCCUUUUAUUUCUUUUUUUUUUAAAUGACAAAUGACUUUGGGAUGGCGCAGCAGGAGGAUAUCCUCCCUCCUAAUACAAAUCCCUGUUGUGCUGAAGAUGGAGAGGACCUGUCGCUCAUGAAACAAUGAGCCUGUGAAGUCUGUGCAAGGAAGUGUGAACAGUGACACUCAAGUUAAGAUUGUUUUAAAGGUUUAGCUUAGUGGCUUUAAGGAUGACCUGACGUUUAGAAUGAAUAGGAAGUAGUAAAGUUUUUAGUAUUGCAGAGGAACUAUUUUUGUGUAAAGAAAGUUAUGAUGUUCAAAGUCAGUGAGUCUAAGUAACCAAAUGAAGAAUGUACAGACAUGCUUGCUGUAAUACUGACUAAAAGCUUUAGAUGCUUGUGUUUCACUCUAAAGUGUACAUACCCCUAUUUUCUGUGUACUUGAAUUGUGUUUUUGGUACAGCCUGUGUUUGGACUGCCUACAAGCUUUCUGCUGUCAAAGGGGCCUUUCCAAAGGUACAAAGGUGACGAGGAGACACUGGACUUAUGCAAAUGGAAAUAGUUCUUAUUCAUCCCAGUUAUAUGGUUUAAAGAGCAGUGAACAACAUCCCUCUAAUGCAAAUGUUAUGCUGUGGCUUUAGUGUUCGUGGUUCACACAUCUGUCAAUGGCUGGCGGUAGAUUGCAAUGAGGAAGAAAACUUUGGACGAAAAAGAAAAUGGGUAUUCAAAUCAGAAAAUCAUGUUUUUUCACAAUAGGAAGUGCCUCUCAAUGAAUUGUUAAGGGUGCCAUAUUGUCUUUGUUGAAAUACACAAAGAUGUUACUGUGAAUGACAUUUUAUAUUGUCGACUCUCAGUCAUUCUACAGGUUAUGUAACAAAAUGCCGAGCUUCCAUUCCUUAGGCAUUCCACUCUGGUCUUAACAUGUUUUAUACAUUUUUUUUCUCUGUUUAUCAUUUUUUUGAUUUUAACAGAACUUGAAUUUUAAAUAUUCCUUGUAAAAUAAGUAACUUAAAUGUACAUACAUGCCAUGUUUUAGCUGCUUUACUUUUAAAUUUCCAUCAAAUUGCAGGAUUAAAGUACAGUAUUGUGAGAAGAUGAUGAUGAUGAUGAUGAGGCCGGUGUGGGUGUUGUGGGCAGUUUGGUACUUCUCUGACGAGAGAGGUCCCUGCAUGAGGAAACGCUUCAUUGAGCUGGACCGUUUGUACCAAUGCUGUGUUCCUCUGAUUGUUAGAGGUGUGUGCACAGUCUCCUGAAACACUGGAAAUAAAUUUUGUCAAUGGCAAA